GCCGGGACUCCUCCCUCUGCUGUUGUUCGACAGAGAAGGGGUUUUGUUUCGAGAUAUUCAUCGUUUAAGUCAUCUUAAACGUGACACAGAAGUCUUUGAGAAAAUUAUAAGAUAAAUCUUCAUGGAUAUGGAGUUUAUUAAAGAGGAGCCUGAAGACUCGACUGAUGCAGAACCCUGCAGAGUGAAAGAUGAAGAAAUUGAGGAACAAAUAGGUCUGAUGGACGUGAAAGAGGAAAGCAGAGAACUGAAUGAAGUUGAGGACAUCCACCAUUUCCAGACACCUGAGAAUUAUAUAGCUGAAGAAAAACCUUCAAUUGACUAUCAGUCUGAAAAUCUUUCACAAGCAGGAUGCCUUAAAGAUCACAAUAAAAAUCAUACCAGAAAGAGGCCUUUCACAUGCCAUCAGUGUGGAAAGAGUUUCAAACAUAAAGGACGCCUUACCAUUCACGCAAGAGUUCACAAUGGAGAUAAGCCUUUCACAUGCAAUCAAUGCGGAAAGAGUUUCAAACACAAGGGCCAUCUUACUGUCCACACAAAAAUUCACACCGGAGAGAAGCCUUUUUCAUGCCAUCAAUGUGGAAAGAGUUUUGCAAAUAGAGGGCAACUUAAUGUUCACAAAAAAAUUCACUCCGAGGAGAGACCUUUCACUUGCCUUCAGUGUGGAAAGAGUUUCACAAAUAAAGAAAACCUUAAAUGUCACACGAAAACCCACGCUGGAGAGAACCUUUUCUCGUGUUUUGAGUGUGGAAUGAGUUUCACUGAUGAAUUAACUCUUCAGAAUCACGUAAAAACUCACUCUGGAGAGAGGUCUUUCCCGUGCCGUCAAUGUGAAAAGAGUUUCGAUCAUAAAGGACACCUUAAUAUUCACAUGAGGAGUCACACUGGAGAGAAGCCCUUCAUGUGUCCUGAGUGUGGAAAGAGGUUUAUUCAUAGGGGACAUCUUAACGAUCACUUAAGGAUUCACACCGGAGAGAAGCCGUUCACAUGCACUCUCUGUGGAAAGUGUUUCACGCAUCAAGCAAGCCUCUCCUGGCACAUGAGAACUCACACUGAAGAAACUCUUAAGCAUUACAUGAGAAUGCACCCUGAAGAGAAUCCUUUCAAAUGCCAUCAGUGUGGAAAGAGUUUCCUUCAUAAAGGACACCUUAAUGAUCACUUAAGGGUUCACACUGGAGAGAAACCGUUCACAUGCCCUCACUGUGGAAAGAGUUUCAGUCAUAAAGGAUACUUUAAUGUUCACGUAAGGAUUCACACUGGAGAGAAGCCGUUUGUGUGCCAUCAGUGUGGAGAGAGUUUCACGCAUAAAGGAAGCCUGAAGUGGCAUAUGAGAAUUCACACUGAAGGACUGUUCACUUGCAAUGAGUGCGGGAAGAGUUUCGCGUAUAAAAGAAAGCUCCAGAUUCAUAGAAGAAUUCACACCGAAGAGAACCCUUUAACUUGCCUUCAGUGUGGAAAAAGAUUCACUUGUAACAGAAAGUUUAAGUGCCACUUGAAAACUCACUCUAAAGUCAAUCCUUACUCAUGCAAACAAUGUGGAAAGUGUUUCAAUCAAAAAGGACACCUAAAUGAACACAUGAGGACUCACACCGGAGAGAAGCCGUUCACAUGCCAUCUGUGUGGGAAGAGCUUCAGUCAGAAAGGAACCUUUAACAUUCACGUAAGAAUUCACACCGGAGAAAGGCCGUUCACGUGCCAUCAGUGUGGAGAGAGUUUCAGUAAGAAAAGAAACUUGAAUGUUCACCUGAGAGCUCACACUGCCAUCAACUUUGCAUGCCAUGAAAGCGCACAAAGUUUAAUUCAAAAAGCGCACCUUAAUGAUCAUAUAAGAAUUCACAUUGUAGACAGGCCAUUCACAUGCCAUCACUGCAAAAAGAAUUUCAUUCAUAGAGGACACCUUAAUGAUCACCUGAGAAUUCACACCGGAGAGAAGCCUUACGCGUGCCAACAGUGUGGAAAGCGUUUCACCCAUAAAGGAAGCCUUACGUGGCACAUGAGAACUCACGCUGAUGAGGAACUUUUCCCGUGCCGUCAAAUUGAGAAGAAAUUUACAAAAAAUGUAGACGUUGAGAGUCAGAAAAGAAUUUGCACCGUAGAGAAGUCUUACUCGUGCCAACAGUGUGGAAAGUGUUUCACCCAUAAAGCAAGCCUUAGGUGGCACAUGAGAACUCACACUGAUGAGGAGCUUUUCACAUGCCACCUAAGUGAGAAGAAAUUUACAAGUAGUGUAGAUGUAGAGAGUCCGAUAAGAAUUCGCUCUGGAGAGAAGCCAUACGCGUGUCCUUUGUGUGAAAAGAGUUUCAGUCGUCAAGCAAUCCUUCAGAGUCACGUAGAAACUCACUUUGAAGAGAGUCCUUAAAGGUGCUGUUUGUAAUUUUUUGACUAAAGCAUAACAAUAGCGUAAUGUGUUCGCAGAUGUUAAGGAAACAUGCUAAUUCACAUACUUGUUUCUCUGAAAAACAAUGCUACGGCCAAUAUUACAUACUGCACACCUUUAAACAUGCCCUCGAUGUAGAAAGAAAACCCUUUAACCUUAGGAGAAACCAGGCAAUUUUUCUUUACUACGAUCACCUUAAAGCCCAAUUUAUACUUCUGUGUCGAACCUACGCCGUAGCCUACGCAGAGACGCACAGGCCUGCGCCGUAACAUAUGCCGUACCUGACGUGCACCUCUCCAAAAAUGUAACAGCGCGUCAAUUUUACACGGACCGCAAGCGCUGUGAUUGGUCUGCUAGAACUCCUCCCUCCGUAUGCACUUGAGUUCUGUGUGCGUUUAUGAGCACUGUAAUAUAGUUUAAUGUCACACCUUCUUAUUUAAAAUAAAACAAAGCAAAGAACAAGUGUCUUAUCAUUUAUUAUACUACAUAGCAUUAUACAUCACUAGUUGUCCGCGACAAACAAUGUUGAUCUGCCGUGGUACACGUCCUUGUGGAGAUUGAAAGAAUGCCAUCUGCUCCUGUUCCGUUGUCUCCUUUUUGUAGAUUUAAAUAACGAUUUAAUGAUUUGAUAUUUAUUUGCCACAGUCACUGCUAUGCUUCUCAGACGAGCCGCUUCUUCUCCAGCUUUUGCCGUGGUACUGCGGGUUCAUAAGCAAUAUGCCCGUGGACACUGCAGACUAGCGGUCCGCAUGUGUACUGCACGUCGACGCGGACGACGACGCAGAAGUAUAAAUGAAAACCGACGCACAGUUUACGGCGUAGAGGCUACGGCAUAGGUCCGACGCAGAAGUAUAAAUUGGGCUUUAUGAAGGACUUGCUUUUGGCUUGCUCACUGUGGGUAUAGUAACGAAUAACAUUUUUUAUGAAGCUCUAAAUGGAACUGCUCAGUAGUGACCUAUGGUAGAUAUGUCUUCAGUAUUUUCUGUAAAGCUUUGAAGCAGUGUACACUACCAUUGUAUAUGAAAAGCUCUGUAAAUCAAACUGACUUGACUAACACAUUUUUCUUGCAUUAAAUUCCUUUUAUUAAAUUUAAAACAACGAUUAUAGUUUCUUUUGAUAACAAAAUACAUGUGCAAGAGUUGGGUUCCUGCAACAAUUUUUUUUAUUUACACUUGUAGUAAGAUGUAUAUGUAAAGUUUAGUUUAGUUUGGUUUUCUUUUGCCAUUUCCAAGGACUGUGGGUAUGUUUACAUGAAAACGAUGCACUAAAAACAGACAACAACGUUGUCAAAACAAUCCCUGUAUACAUAUAUCCAUGAAAAGGACAUAACACUGUAUUCUGCAUGCCAGGCCAUUAGUUGGCGAUCUCACUUUGUAUAAAAAAAAAAAACACUACACAUGUGCACAUACUGACGGAACAUGCAAUACUGAUAUGUAUGACCUUAGUGUAUCACCGUUCUCGCAAAUUUGCAUUUUUAUAGUUUACAUGGAGACGAUAACGGUGUAGUAUUUAACUUGCACUUUUGAAACACAUGUGAAACACAUUUUCAGAAAUGUGCAUUUUCAUACCCCCAAAAUGCUGUUGUCAGGUAAAUGAAUGGCCAAAUACACAAAAAAGUUUUUAGGUUUAGUUAAAACUGCGUUGUGUAAACGGCCCCUUUCUUAGCGUUUUCCCCAUGUGUAAUUUGUUCCUAUGGUUACCAAUUAUGAUGACCUGUCUUCUGAUAAUCCUGUGUGCAUUUAAGCCCUCUGUUUAGUUCAGUUCAUUGUCCUGUUGUCUUUUCUAAUCUUUAUAAAGCUGAAACUUCUCUCCUGUGCCUUUGAGUAAAUUUUGGAUUACCUUCUUUAUGUUUCUAAAUUAAAUGGCUGACAUUGA